GAAACCAAAUCAAUGCACCGAGUGUGGGAAGUGCUUCAGUCCAAAAAGUCACCUUAAUACCCAUAAAAGAAUCCACACAGGUGAAAAGCCCUAUAAGUGCACCGAGUGUGACAAAUACUUGACCACGUUGUGGGGCCUCACUUGCCACAAAAGGCUCCAUACUGGGGAGAAACCAUAUGAAUGCCACAUGUGUGGAAAGAGAUUCAGUGUAAAACAAAGCUGUAUUGUACAUAGCAGAAACCACACUGGGGAGAAACCCUAUGAAUGCUUGGAGUGUGGAAAAACCUUUAGUAACACCUCUUCUCUAACCAUACAUAAUAGGAUGCAUAAAGGGGAAAAUCCUUAUAAAUGCCUGGAGUGUGGAAAGAGCUUCAGUGAUAAAGGUCCUCUUAAGUCACACGAGAGGAUCCACACGGGAGAAAAACCAUUUCAAUGUAUGGAGUGUGGAAAGAGCUUCUAUACCUCUACAAACCUUACUGCUCAUCACAGAAGCCACACAGGGGAGAAGCCCUUUCAAUGCCUACAGUGUGGAAAGCGCUUUGCCAGUUCUGGUGGCUUUCAUGCCCACAAACAGACCCACACAGGGGAGAAACCCUUUCAAUGCCUGGAGUGCAGAAAGAGCUUCAGUCAAAAAGGUCAACUUAAGUCACACGAGAGGAUCCACACGGGAGAAAAACCAUUUCAAUGCAUGGAGUGUGGAAAGAGGUUCCGUGCAAAAAGUAGCUAUAUCGGACAUAGCAGAAUCCACACGGGAGAGAAACCAUACAAAUGCCUGGAGUGUGGAAAGAGCUUCAGCAAAAAAGGUCAACUUAAGUUACACGAGAGAAUUCACAUGGGAGAAAAACCAUUUCAAUGCAUGGAGUGUGGAAAGAGCUUCUGUCGCUCUGUAUCCCUUACUGACCAUCACAGAAUCCACACAGGGGAGAGGCCCUUUCAGUGCCUACAGUGUGGAAAGCGCUUUGCCAGUUCUGGUAGCCUUCCUGCCCACAAACGGAUCCACACAGGGGAGAAACCAUACGAAUGCCUGGAGUGUGGAAAGAGCUUCAGUCAAAAAGGUCACCUUAAGUCACACGAGCGGAUCCACACGGGAGAAAAACCCUUUCAAUGCAUGGAGUGUGGAAAGAGCUUCCGUGCAAAAAGUAGCUAUAUCGGACAUAGCAGAAUCCACACGGGGGAGAAACCAUUUCAGUGCCUGCAAUGUGGAAAGCGAUUUUCCCGUUCUGAUAGGUUUCGUGCCCACAAACGGACCCACACAGGUGAGAAACCGUAGAAAUGCCCUGGAGUGUGGAAAGAGCUUUUGUAAA